AUGAGUCAAGAAGAGUUUGAAAGUGUUCCACAAGACGAGAAUGAUAACAUUGAUCAAGCAUUGCUGAAUCAAAAUGAACCUAUUCAAUUCUUUAUCCCAAUAAAUGAAGACGAUAGAGAUAAUUUGGAAAAAUUAAUCAUUGAUCAUGGUGGUGAAGUUAUUAACGAUCCAGGUGCUGGUUAUUAUAUAUCAAAACAUCAUGAUCCAUUAAGAGAUGCUGUUGAUCCAAAAUUUAUUUAUGAAUCAACAGAACAGAAAAGUUUAUUAAAAGUUGAUAAUUAUAAAUUAUAUAACCAUGCAAACGCUGGUAAUGACGAUCAUGUUCAACAAUUGGUUACUUAUUUACAUAAUGACCAUAAUGGUCAACAACAACAACAAGAUCCUGAACAGCAUCAACAACAAGAUCAAGAUCAUCAAGUCACAGGUGAAGAUCAUCAACCUACAACAGUUGGUGAUUUGAUUCAUGAAAAAGAACCAACCAGUAGCAAUGCCUUAGUUGGGGCAAAUAAUGAAUCAGUUCGUGUUCAUAAUACAUCAUCAAAUAAAAAUGGUUUCACCAAGGAAGAAGAUGAAAUAAUUUUAGAUGAAGUUAGAAGAAAUCCAAAUCGUCGUUCAACUCAUGUGCUAUUUAAAGAAAUUGCAGAAAAAAUCGGUAGACAUACUGGUAAUUCUGUUCGUUAUCGUUACAGAACUUAUCUUGUUAAUCAAUUAGAUUAUGUUUAUCAAACUGAUGAAAAGGGUAAUUUAAUCUUGGAUGAUCAAGGUCAACCAAUAAUUGCAGAUAAAUUACCAAUUACUUUGAAAACAAAAUUUACUGCAGAUGAUGAUUAUUUACUUUGUACUUUAGUUAGACAAAAUUUACAAGAUAAAUUAGGUGAUGAAUAUGAACCAAAUCCAAAAAAUGUUAUAUUACCUGGUAAAUUUUUAGAAGCUUUAGCUGAAAAUCAUACAAAUCAUACAAAAUCUGCUUGGAGAGAUAGAUAUAGAAAAUUUGCAAUUCCUUAUGGUAUUGAUAAUUAUAUUGAAUAUUAUGAUAAUGAAAUUCAACAAGGUCGUGUACCUGAUAAUAUUAGAAAUUUUACAGGUAAACAUUUAUUUAAAUCUUCUAAAAAAUAUAAAAAUGGUGAGUUAGAUGAUAAUGAAGUUGGUGAAAGAUUAUCAGAACAUAAUGAUCAACAAAAUAGAAGAAGACCAACUAAAAAGAGAAAAACAAAUGAAAUUCAAACUACUCAAGAUUCAAAUAAUUUAUUUGCAAAUGGUGGUCAAGAUGAUUUAAAUAAUUAUGAUCCUGAAAAUGGAGAUUUUGCUAAUUCUCAUACUGCAGCUGCUGUUGCUGCAGCUAAUAGAUUAAAUAAUCCACCAAAUCCUGAAGAUUUCUUAACAAGUGAUUUAGUUACUGCUAAAUUUUUUGAAUUUCAACCAUUAAUUAGUGCAGUUGAAAAAAUUGAAGAAAUUGUUAAUCGUGCUUAUGAAAUUAAUGAUGCAGAACAAUUAAUUACUGCAUUUUAUGAAGAAGCUGGUAUUCAAAAAAAAUUUGGUGCUUAUAUCAUUACAUGUGUUUGUGGUGAUUUAAUUUUAAUUCCAAAAUAUAUUGAAAUGUUAUUAAAAACUGGUGAAAAUCCACCAAGAGAUAUUCAUGGUAUUUGGACUUCAAGAGAUGAUGCUUAUUUAAAAUCAGAAAUUCCUGAAAGGAUCGAAUAUAUUAGAAGAUUACAUGUCAAUCCAUAUCUAAAGAUGUCAAGUUCCAAAGAUGAUACAAAACUUGAAGGUUAUAAUAAAGUGGUCAAAGAUAUAGAAGAUCAAUAUAUUAAUGAUGAAUUCAAUCAUGAAAAUACUGAUUUUGAAAUAUUAAGUACAAUGAGAUAUGAUCCAUUAUUAACAAGUUCAGUUGAUCCAAAUCUUUUCGAGACAACAACUGAUAAUUCGAAAUUAUUUUUCUUAUUUGAUGAACAUUUACAUCGUUUAAAUUUUACAUUAAAAUUUUUUAAAUUAGGUUAUGAAAUAUCAAGAGAUGAAUUAUUAAUUAAAUUAAAUGAAUCUAUUCAACCUUUAGAUAAAUCAAAUUCAUAUAGGAUACGAUUAACCAUAAAUAAAGAAGGACAAGUUAAUAUAUCAACACAUUUAACACCACAAAGAUAUAAUUUAUUUGAUGGUUUUAAUUCAUGGGAAAAUUAUACUUCAAAUAUUUGGAAUGUUUAUAUAGAUUCUGAACCAAUUCAAAUAUCACCAUUCACUUCGUUUAAAACUACAAAAAGAGAUCAAUAUAACAUGGCAAGAAAUCGUACAUUAAAUCUAGAAUCUGAAGAACCUCAAGAAGUAUUACUUUAUAAUAGUGCAAAUCAAAUAACUGAAGGUUCUAUAACAAAUGUUGCAUUUAAGACUUUUGAUACCAAUACAGGUGAAGAAGAAUGGAUAACUCCACCAUUAGCAUCUGGAUGUUUAUGUGGUGUUGUUAGACAUUUAUUAUUGACAAAGGGGAUAAUUAAUGAAAGACAAAUUAAUUUGAAAAAUGUUAGAGAUGGUGAAGAAGUUUUAUUAUUUAAUGGAAUUCAAGGUGUUGUUAAAGGUCGUAUAAUCAAGAGAUAA